ACACUGUAGCAUUCAUACAUUGUUACAUUGUAACAAACCGGGGCAGCUGGAGGGAGACGGGGGGCUGCAAUCCGCAUAAGUCUGGAAGCAUUUUUUUUCUGGUUGCAACGCAUUUCACAAAAAUACAACAAAGAAAAAAGAAGAAUAUUCGUCGAUCCAUACGGAAAUUUAAUAUAACGCAUAAGAAGAUUAAGACCGCCCUGAUCACAAAGACCAAACGAAGAGAACAGGGUGCAGCGGAUUGUUUCAUACCCUACAAACAUUUAAGGAUUCGGGGAAGGAGAACAAAAUCACCAAACACUCUCCCUUAUUUUAAGUUAUUGGGUCAAGAAAAAUAUAAAUAAAACCUUUAACAGCUGUCUGAAGUCCUCCCCUCUCUCUGCUUGCCCCGGGUUGUUCUAUUUAUUUAAACCAUUGCUCACACAACAAAUAGCUUUCCUAGAAAACGAAGCCUGCUCGUUUUCGCUUUGUAUUUAAAGAAUGUUACAGUACGCAAUUUAAGCAUAGAAGAGGAAACAAAUAGUAAAAUAAAGUUUUAUAUACCAAUGAUUAGGUUUUCUGCACUCGUCGAAAUUUACAAACGGAAAGCUUUCAUUCACAAGCGGAAUAGUGCCUUGAGUUUGCUGGCGGACGGAAAGAACUACCCUGCCUGCAGUAGCUAAAACGCAAUAAGAAGAUAAAAUCAUAAAGAAAGAAAAAAAAAGAAAAGGUUUACAUUUCAGAACUAACGUUUUGAGCGACGGGUUUCAGAGGAAAGACGGUUCUCCAUUUCUCACAGGCCGUGGGACCCCAUGGAGGCGUGUUCGGUGCUCAGUCUGAAACGCAGAUUCGAGGAGGUGGACAGCGGCUCGCCCUACUCCACGCCCAAAGACUCGGACGAUGACAUCUUGAGCAGCGACAGCGUCGACAGCUGCGACAGCCUCAACCCUCCGUCCUCCACCUCGCUCACACCUCCCUCCAUCCUGCGGCAGCGGCGGCCCCCGCCGGGCCGUAAGAGCGUGCGCUUCGACGCCGUCACCGUGUACUACUUCUCGCGGCGGCAGGGCUUCAACAGCGUGCCCAGCCAGGGGGGCAGCUCCCUGGGCAUGGCCCAGCGGCACAGCGCCAUCCGCCGCUACACCCUGGGGGAGUUCGCCCGCGAGCAGCGCACCACCCACCGCCAGGUCCUGCGCCAGCACCUGCGCCAGGAGAAGCUCAAAGCCCGCAAGAUGAAGCUGACGCAGAACGGCGCGGUGGAGUGUGCCGAGGCGGAGACGCUGACCCUGGAGGACGUGUCGGACGAGGACCUGGACGUGGAGGGCGUGGAGGUGGACGACUGCUUCUUCCUGCAGCCGCUGCCCACCAAGCGGCGGCGCGCCCUGCUGCGCGCCUCGGGCAUCACCCGCAUCGACGGCGGCGAGAAGAGCGAGCUGCGCGCCAUCCGCCUGUCCCGCGAGGAGUGCGGCUGCGACUGCCGCUUCUACUGCGACCCGCGCCGCUGCGGCUGCAGCCAGGCCGGCAUCAAGUGCCAGGUGGACCGCGUGUCUUUCCCCUGCGGUUGCUCUCGGGACGGCUGUGGCAACACUGCGGGCCGCAUCGAGUUCAACCCACUGCGCGUGCGGACGCACUACCUGCACACCAUCAUGAAGCUGGACCUGGAGAAGAAGAGGCAGAUGGGAGUUGGAGUUUGCGAAGGGCUGGAGGCGGCCGAGGCCGUGUGCUCCAUCACCCCGGCCUCCGAAGCCCCCGCUCACUUUGGCGUGGAAAUUGAGGUGCACUCCCAGACCGUGCCAGCAGAGGGCGCAGACGGGGACCCGGACUACAUUUCCCAGGGAGACAGCCUGGCGCUGGAGAACGAGGCGGCCGUGCUGCACCUGCAGAGCGCAGAGGAGAGGGAGAGGCGGAGGGAGCAGGAGGAAGAGGAGGCUAGCGUAGGGGCUGGGGGACUGGCUGACUCCGGGCUUUGCCUCCUGCCCGAGUCCCUGCAGGGCGAGGUGGCCGGGGAGCAGGGGGCGGAGCCUAUCGUCAUCCAGGGCCCCUUCCCUCCCGGCACAUCUGUGCUGUGCAUAGCUGAGGGCCAGGAGGGCCCCGAUCCCCAGGCUUUCCUAAAGGACCCUGCCUCCCUGCUCUUCUACCACAUUGGCUCAGUGCAGCCGGAGCCCACCGUACUGCCGCAGCCGGGAGAACAGGUGGGGGGCGGAGCCGAGGAGGACCAGGAGGAGGGGCCAGAGGGGGAGACCUCUCCGGAGAAUUCCCAGGACUCCUUGCCCGCAGUGGUCCUCUGCUCAGAAAACUACACUGAAACUGAAGAUGGGCCCCUCCUACAGGAGGGGUCCUUUCAAAGACUGAAUGGGCUGCCCCAAGAAAAUGCCCGAGUGGCCUUUGAAGGAGAAGUAAGCACGCUGCCUCUUGAGGCUCUGGGUCCUUAAAUUUUGCAGAUGUUUUGCACAGUAACUGUUAAAGCUUGUUGCCUAUAUUAGUAUAAAUUAUUAUUAUUAUUAUUAUUAUUAUUAUUAUUAUUAUUAACUACUUUAAGGGUGGGUUAAUAGAGAUGAGCAUGUGCUGUGAAUGACAGAGCCAGACAGACAGGUGGUGAUUACUCAGUCUGUGGUCUGUCUAAUUGGGCUGCGGCGGUGGAAUAUGCCGCAGAGACUAGCAGCUCUAGGGUUAAUGAGAACAAGUUGCAGGUUUUCACAGUGGCCCCCAUGCAUAGCUCAGCAGUUAGUGGAGUACAUCGCCUGUGUUUCAGUGGGGAUUCCAAUCUUACCUCAUUCUGUGGCAAUCAUCAAUCCACGUCUCUGUGCACUAGAUGUUGGUUGUUAUGUCGGGUUAGUGUGCUUUUAAAAAGACUCGAUGUGUACGCUGUGAGAGGGCGCUUGGGGAAGUUUCAAGCCACUGAUAAAUCCCUAUUUCAGACCUGCCGAUCCUGGGAAUACUUGGCAAAGAUCUGAUGUACUGUACGGAGUUUGGGAGUUUGGGAGUGUUUUCCGAACCAGUGUUAAAAACCGCUGUAAGGUUGCGGAGAAGAUGCAGACUAAAUAUGUUUGCAGGUUUGCACAGUCCUUAUUUUAAUUUGCGAUGAUAAUUGUCGAAGUACCGUGUCCUUAAUUUUAUUUCUAGUUUCAUUCAUAAAACCGCACAUCAAUCAUUAUUCCAUGUUAUUCCAAGUGUUUUAUAUCACAAUGCAAAAUGUACUAUUGUAAAAAGAAGUUGUAUUAAUACAGUAUGAGCUGUAUUGUAUUAAAUAAUCAUAUUUACCUUUUU